ACCGUCGACAUACUGCCUGCUGGGAUGAAGCUCACCACCAGAGAACUACAGAGAUUGUUACAAAUCUGAGACCACUCGCAAUCUCGGCGAUAACUCGUCGGAACGACCAGUUACCAUUUUUUUAGUUUCUAGGAGAGGGGAGGAAAGAGGAGCUUUGCCAAAAUGAUGGAAGAAAUAGAUAGAUUUCAAGUGCCGAGUGCCGUGCAGGAGGCGGAGAUGCAGGCUGAGAUGCAGCCGCUGGACCCAGCCUCGUCCACAGCCUCAGAGGCGGACUCAGACACCAGAGAGGGGGAACCCGUCACUAUCAACUACAAGCCCUCACCCCUGCAAAUGAAAAUAGAGAAACAGAGAGAGCUUGCUAGGAAGGGCUCAUUGAAGAACGGCAACACCGUAGGCAGUCCGGUCAACCAGCAGCCCAAGAAGAACAACGUCAUGGCCAGAACACGGUUGGUAGUGCCCAAUAAAGGCUAUUCCUCUUUAGACCAGAGCCCAGAUGAAAAACCCUUGGUGGCCCUAGACACAGACAGUGAUGAUGAUUUUGACAUGUCUAGAUACUCAUCGUCAGGAUACUCCUCUGCUGAGCAAAUCAAUCAGGAUCUGAACAUCCAGCUGCUGAAAGAUGGUUACCGCCUAGAUGAGAUCCCAGACGACGAGGACCUGGAUCUGAUCCCACCCAAAUCAGUCAACCCUACCUGCAUGUGUUGCCAGGCAACCUCCUCUACCACCUGUCAAAUACAGUAACCCCGCCCCUCUGACCUUCUGCCCCCCAGCCCCCAUUCAACACAACAUAACCCCCGAUCUUCAUCCGCUGUGAGUUUACUUCGCUGCCAGAGCGGUGACAGUGAAGCACUGGUAGAAUAUUGUAAUGACAGGUAACUGCUAUGAUAAUGACAAUGACAAAUAAUCAAAUUAACAUGUAGAAACACUGGUUUAAAAUCUAGGAGAAGGAGCAUAUGUGAACAUAUGUGAAAAUAUUGAAUAUGUAUUUAAAAUAUGAUUAAAAGUGGUGGUUUCCUCCUAUGGUAGGACGUGCACUUGUGUUCGAGAGCCCUUCUCCUGGUGAACAUGACGUAACGUAACACACUGAUGUUGGUAGACAGAAAACAAAGGGUCAAUUGAUGCUGUAAAGUGAUUUCAAUUUCCAUGAAGAAUAAGAAACAUUAUCAUAACUGCUGACUCAACAGCGCUGCUUACCAGAAUUCUGGGUUGCAUUUUUGCAUUUUUCUAGUUUGUUUUUUAAAAGUUUUUAUUUAAAUGCUUACUUUUUUUAAACCAGAGGGAUCAGUAUGAUUGUACGUGUUGAUGUGGAGAUAUUUGAGAAGUGUGGACUGCAGUCUUGGUACCCCAAAUAGAGGAUAUUUGGUACUGUAUUCACUGUACUGUACGGGGUUGUUAUGUAGCACAGGCCAGGUCAUUGCACUCAUUUACACCACCCUCAACACUUUCCUUGCCCUACUGGCUUGAGAUGUUUCAUUACAGAGUUUAGGGAUGAAUGUAUAAACACAAAUGGCUGAGGAACAAACUGCAUGAAGAGCACCAGACUGAAUAAUUGAAUUGAAAAUAAUAAGCAAGUAGCUUGUUGCACAUUUGAUUUUUGCCCCAGUUCUAUUGUGCAAUCAUAUGCUACUGUCAUGGCACUAGCUUGAUUUGUAUUGUUUUGAAUUUGCACAAUUAGUUUUUUUAUUUUUCACGCCCAUACCUGUGUAGUCUUUCCUGCCUAGCAGUGACAGUGUCUUAUCUGAAAUGAACUGUGUCAAAAGGGAAGAUUACAUAUCGUUGCACCAACCCUCUAGCACGUGACGCUCACAUGACUCCCACGUUAUCAAGGCCAAAGGCACUAGAGCUGGGGGCGUUAGAUAGAUUUUUUUCCCAGCGCGGUCUACUGUGUGACUCUCCUCUCCCCCCUGUAUCUUUUCUCAGUAUCACAGAGACUGACGAUGACUGGACACUCCAUCCUCCACAUUUCUGUCUUCACCCCACAGGUCAUUGAGGGAGCACACAGGUUUAGACAGAAAAAUUUACCCUCUCCUCUCCUCCUCUUGCUCUCUCUCACAUACAAACACAUAUGCAUAUGCAUGCAUACAGACAUACAAUGCCAAAAUAAGGAGUGUGAUGGCAUUUUUCUGCCUCUUUAGACUUACAGGUUGGAAGUUGUUUUUUAAUUGCAACAUCAAGGAUCAUUGACUUUGAGCACUAAUAUCCUUCAAUGAUGACCCUCUUUCUCCCUUAAAUCAGUUGAUUAUUUGCAAUUAGAGUAUGCCUUAAGUACAGAGAAGUUUAAAAGAUGUGUAUUUAUUCCCAUCAUAAUAAUUUAGAUUAUUUGAGGAGCUUUUGCUGUCUAUGAAGUUAUGCUUUUUUUUACAUUUACACACAGGUGAUAAUUGUUUUUCUUUGGUUUUCCUUUUCUAAAAUGAUUUUCUUGUAUUGUAAACACUUCCAUUACAGUAUUUAACAAUGUUAUUGUUAUGUGCGGUGUAUGAAAACAAAUAAACACAAAGCUAAUGGAGCA